AUGUAUUAGUCAAGUUAGCUAAUUAACCGUAGACCCAACAUGAGAUAGUUAACUGGUAGGGCUCGUGACAUCUAAGAUGAUGAUGAUGAUGAUCCUGGUAUCUCUAGUUUUGCAAGAAGUAAAGUCGAUGAUGAUGAUGAAAAAUUCAAAAAUCAAAAUAGUGAUCCUGAUUUUCUUGAUAGUCUAAUAAGAAAGAAGAGUCGAAAUGAUUCAAAAAUAGAUAAAGUAUAUAUAAUUUAUUAAUAUUUAAGUCCAACAAUAGUUCAAUAAUACCAAGUACACCACCUCCUUAAAGUACAACUAAAAAGAGUGAAUAAGAAAUAUCAAACACAGAUCCAAAAAAAGGAUAAACAUAAACCCAAAAUAAUACAGGAAAUAAGGAUACACCAUAAUAAUAAUAAAAGUAAUCAUAAUAGACUCCAGCAAAACCCAAUACUACUCAACCAUUCUAAACUCCAGAUCCAAAAUAACAAUAAUCUUAAUAAAAGACACCUGCAUAAUAACCAUCAUAAACUAAAACACCCUAAGCAUAACCUCAACCAUCAUAGUAAUCAUAAACUCCAUAAUAAACAAAGACUCCUUAAUAAACAAAGACACCUCAAUAAUAACCCUCUUAAUCAUAAACUCCAGUAACAAAUAAAACAUAAUAGAAUGAAAAAUAAACACCUACACCUGCACCAAAAGAUAUUGUAGAUCCUGCAAAAUCUAUUUCAAAUAAACCUUCGGCUAAAAAAGAAGAUCAAAAGAAUUAAUAACCUCCUCUUCAACCAGAGUAACCAAAUAAGGUUUAAUAAUCUCCAAAAGUAGAAUAACCAACUAAAAUUGAAUAGCCUUCAAAAAAUGAUUAAUCCAACAAGGGGAAUUAACAAUAAAAUCAAUAACCAUAAUAUAAUAGAAUUGAUUAAGAUAAUCAAGAAUAGGAAUAAGGACCAUAAAUAUCUGAAAACAGACCCAAUUUUAUAAGAAGAGGAAAGAAUACUUAAGUUGUAAAAGACAUAGUUAAGAAUAUAAAAACAAUACCAGAGGAUAGAAUUAAAGCUUUGGAACCAAAAAAUAAUAUUGAAGUAAGUAAAAAAUUGUCAUUGAAAUUUGCACCAUAGAAAGAAUAUGUAGAUCCAACAUUUCCUCCUAAUGAUUUAUAAGUUUUUCAAGUAUUUGGACAUGGUUAAGUUGAUUUUAAAAGGUUCAAUCUAGGAAGAGAAUAAGAUACUCAUUAAGUAGUAGAACCAAAUGAUAUAGUACCUGGAUAAUAAUCAGGUACUUUGAUGUAAGUAUUGGCUGCUAUUGCUGAAUAACCAUAAUUAAUAACUAGAAUUUUAGAAGAUCAAGUUAUAAAUGAAUUUGGAUUUUAUUAUGCUCGAUUAUGUAUAGGAGGUGUAUGGAAAUAUAUAUUAGUUGAUGAUUUACUUGGAUAUUUUAAAGGAGAACCUGUUGGAGCAAGGACUACAAUUGAUAAUAAUAAAUUAAAGUAUUUAUAAUUUUUAAUUAUUUAGAUCAUUAUAAAAAUCCAAUCCUGGUUAUUAAUCAGAAAUAUGGCCAUUCAUUAUUGAGAAGGCAUUUGCAAAAGAAUAUGGAAGUUAUGAGGAUGCAUUUAAAAUUGCUACAGUAGCUGAUUUUCUUUAAGAAACAACAGGAGCACCUAUUAUUGUUGAAUAAGUAAGUGAGAAUAUUUUAAAAUCUUUGAAUUAAAAUGAUGUUGCUUUGGUACAUUUACCAGAUGGAAUUUUUACAUUCUUGAAUUAUGAUGGUAAAGAUGUAACUUUACGUAAUCCAUGGGGAUGGGUAAGGAAUCAACCAAGUACUGCUUAACCAGAAGGGGAAUUUAAAUUACCUAUAAAAAAUAUUAUUAGUAAAUAAAUAACAAUUGCUAAAUGUGUUCCUAAUAAUUAUCAUAUUAGUUAUAAUUUGAAAGCAAACAAUGAUGCUUAUUCAUCAUUUUAUGUGGAUGUACAUUAAGAUACUGUUGCUACUUUUAGAUUACAUUAAAGAGAUGAAAGAUAUUUUAGAAAUAAUAUAUCUAAAAAAUAUGAUUAUUGUUUUGCAAGAUUAUUAGUUUUUGAUGAAUAAUAAUAAUUAAUUGCUUAGGAUUAUGGUCAAUAUAAGACAUUAGUAGUUAAUGUAGACUUAUAAAAGGGCAGAUAUACUUUGGUAAUUCUUUUGGAUUUCUUAAAUGAAUAAUUAUAUGAUAGUACAUUAACUUUUUAUGGAACUUAAUCAGUUGAAAUUAGUAGAAUUAAUUAUAGAUCACAACCUAAUCUAUUGGCUUAAUUGUAUACAAAAGAGGCAAUAAAUAAAGGUUAAAAAAAAUAGAAUGGAUAAGUUGAAGAAUUUACAUAUGUUUCUGAUAAUAAAUUAACUGUGUUAGCUUGGAAAUAUAAUGGCAACCAACCUAAUAAAUGGAGUAAAGACUUAAGUAAAUAACCAAAUAGAGAUAAUAUGAAACCUAUUACAUUUGUUAAUGUAGCAGAUACAUAAUAAUUGAAAGUACUCACAACUGAGUAGAUUAAACAGUUGAAAUAGAGUAGUUGGUAGAAUGGAUCCUCAUUUAACAUUGAAUUCACUUAAUAAAACAACACUUAUGCAGUUGUAUUCAAGUGA